GCUGGAUGGCCUUCUAUCAAUGGUGCUUUGACAAGGCCCUUGGGCCUGUUCCUAUUCCUUUUCUAUGAUUCUUACCACCAUUUAAUUGCUGCUUAAGCAUAAACUCCCAAUCUGAUUAUCUUCUUAUCUACAAAUUUAUUAUUAUUGUAUUGAAUAAUGUAGUUGGACUGACAUUUUCCACAGAGUUCAGUUGUACACCUAAUCACUGUAUAGAAGUAAAACUGGGUUUUCAAAGGCCAUGCCAAUGAAGGGUAAGCUCUAAAGGGUAUGUUCUGGUACGUUCUAACCAGUAUGUCUGCUGUCCAACUUAGGUAAAUAUGGAGAGAGUCAUCACUGGAAGGCUGACAACCAGGUUGUAAAUUGGCCACAACAACAGUGAACACAAUGACAUUAUGAAAUAGCUGCAGACUGCAGUAGUGUUUUGUGGGCUACCCAUCACAAGUUUUGCAGGUUGUCAAGAUGUAUAUAUAGGUUAUGAAUGCAGAUUUUCUUUAGCUAUCUGCUGUACAGCCUACGAUAUGGCACACACAUGAGACCACAAGCUACAACUGUCAUUUUACUCUGGGGUGUAGUCUAUUAAUUAAUUAAUAACCCUAUUUCAUAUUUUAAAGUGAAAGGUGUUUCUUUCAUUAAGUAACCUCUCAUUGUAUCUCUCUGGAUAUUCUACAGUGCCAUUACAAACAACUCUUUUUCUUGCUUAAGAUUUUUCAAUAGAUUUGAGUAGUAUUAAAAGAGUUCAAAAUCCAUCAGGAUAUGAAAAAUAUAAGACCCAUUUGCUGAUGAGUUGCCACAAAGAUGGGGAGCCUCUGGCCUUCGACACAAUUCAGCCUAAAAAUCUCAUAAUGCCUUACUUACCCUAAGCCAUGCUGACUGUGGCUUCUGAAAACUGAAAUCCAAAACAUCCAAAGGGCCAAAAAUUCUCCAUUCUGAUUUACUAGAGUAGUACCUUCUCUUGACCUCAGCCUGGCUGUUGUAUGUUGCACAAAGUACCAUACUAAGUACUAAUGUGCUUUGUUUGUUUCUCAAGAAUGUUGCUUCAAUGUUGACACAUGUGCUUUCUCUCUCAAAGAGAGAGAGAGAGGAGCACACACUCAUUUCAGAACUGAUGCAAUCCUAAUUUUUUCCAUCUAAAAUAUUUUACUAGAUGUCCCUGGUAGAUUUGGGAAAGAAGCUUUUAGAGGCUGCACGAGCAGGACAAGAUGAUGAAGUUCGCAUUUUGAUGGCCAAUGGCGCACCUUUUACUACAGACUGGUUGGGAACAUCCCCACUUCAUCUAGCAGCACAAUAUGGACACUAUUCAACAACUGAAGUGUUACUUAGAGCAGGUGUGAGUCGGGAUGCCAGGACCAAAGUGGACAGGACUCCAUUGCAUAUGGCAGCUUCUGAAGGCCAUGCAAGCAUAGUAGAAGUUUUACUCAAGCAUGGUGCUGAUGUAAAUGCAAAGGACAUGCUGAAGAUGACUGCUCUUCAUUGGGCUACAGAACACAAUCAUCAAGAAGUAGUUGAACUCUUAAUCAAGUAUGGAGCAGACGUCCAUACACAAAGUAAAUUUUGCAAAACAGCUUUUGACAUUGCUAUAGACAAUGGAUUUGAAGACCUAGCAGAAAUACUACAGAUUGCAAUGCAGAACCAAAUCAAUACAAACCCAGAAAGUCCUGACACUGUGACGAUACAUGCAGCAACACCGCAGUUCAUCAUUGGACCUGGCGGGGUGGUGAAUCUAACAGGUCUAGUAUCUUCUGCAAAUACCUCAUAUGCAGCAGAUGACACAGGAGUAUCUGCUGUCCAAUUUGGUAAUUCCUCAACUUCAGUACUUGCAACUUUGGCAGCCUUAGCAGAAGCUUCAGCUCCACUUUCCAACUCAUCAGAAACACCAGUUGUGGCAACAGAGGAAGUAGUAACCGCAGAAUCUGUGGAUGGUGCAAUUCAGCAGGUUGUGAGUUCUGGAGGCCAACAGGUGAUUACCAUAGUAACGGAUGGUAUUCAGCUUGGAAACCUCCAUUCAAUUCCAACCAGUGGGAUGGGUCAGCCCAUUAUUGUGACCAUGCCAGAUGGGCAGCAAGUGCUUACAGUACCAGCAACAGACAUUGCUGAAGAAACAGUGAUCAGUGAAGAGCCACCAGUCAAGAGACAGUGUAUCGAGAUAGUUGAAAACCAGGUGGAUUCAGCAGAAAUAGAAUGGGCUGCAAGUUGUUACCAUCCAGUAAACACCGGCCAUCAGGAAAGAUGUCAUGAGAAUCAUAAUGGCACCAGAAAGAGAAACUCUACAGAAACAGCUAGAUGAGGCCAAUCGAGAAGCACAGAAGUACCGUCAGCAGCUUCUGAAGAAGGAGCAAGAGGCUGAAGCCUGUAGGCAGAAGUUGGAAGCAAUGAGUCGCCACCAGACUAACAAAGAAGCUGUUUGAAUGGUUGAAGCAAGCAUAAUAUAAAGCCAGUUUAAAAAAACCAAACUGCUGUACAACGUGGACCUGUGUAUCACAUGGGCACAAACCUGGGAUUACAUACUAGCGAAGAUGCUGUGGGUUUGAAACUGGACUUAAGGCAUGAGUUCUGAUUGAAUUUCUUGUAUCAUACGUAACACCUCAGAAUUUAGAAAAAAAUGUGCAAAAAUAUUUAAAAAAGAAAUACUGUAAAUAGUUGUUUUUUUUACAGUUCCAAAAUUAGUUGCUUACUCUUUUUGGAGGGAUCUGCAAACAUGCAAAGCCAAUGUUUUUGUGACCUUUUUAAUUUUACUACAAAACUGCAGAACUACAGAUCAGUUUUAAGGGUGAUAAUUGUUGAUUUGAACUGACAGCGUGAAAAUGAAUUAUGUGUCAGAACCAACCCUGAAGGCAAGCAAUUUAAAAACUCUUGAGUAAAUACAUUUCCAGAUAGAAAUCAUUUGUACAGCUUUAAGUAGUUGUCCAGUUUCUGUUCCCUUUUUUAGAACAAAAAACGUAAUUUUUUAAAUAUUUAAUUUCUGAUAUAUUCAAGUAGAUUGACAUGUAUAUGAAGCUGAUAUUUUUAAACUUUUCAGUUUGUACAUAUGCUGCAUGGGUUUUUUUAAUGUAAUUUCUAUAUACAUCUUAUGUAAGUAUUUUUCAGGAAAGAGGAGGGAAAAUUAUGAGAAAAAUAGAACCUAUAGGUCAAUGGAGGGAGGGAAACAAAUGGAUAGAUAUUUCUUGGCUUUGUGCUUUGCUUUAAUUGGAAUUGGCUUUUCUUAUAGGAAUGUAACUUCAGAGGGGAAAAAAUCAAAACCGGUAUUUAUGUAACAUGCAAAUUAUCUGGAAUUUUUACAGUUGGGGCAUGAAAUUGCAUUUCCAGUAUAUCUAACAAAUCUGGGCCACAUUUCUGCAGGUGAAUGCCAGACAAGCUCAACUCGCCCUUCCUUACUCUGCUGCCCUUUGCUUGAUGGACUGUCUUUUGACAGAGUUUCAUUGUAGAGCACUGUAAACCAAGGUGGAUGCAAGGAGCCCCACAGGAAGAAAGACUAUUAGGUGAAUGGUUAAGGAGGAGUUUCCCUUUACGAAAUCUAUAUGAUAAGCUAUGUAUAAUUGUUAUAGAUCAAAAACAGAGCUGAGCUCACAGAACAAUUGGCAAUAUCUAUGCACGUAACAAAGUUUGUUUCACGUGAGCUGUGCAUAUGACUGAAGAGGGUGGAAGAAAGGGCUGUUGCACAAAAAAGACUGAAUAUGAGAGAAACAACAUUUAAAAAGGCAUGGAAGGACCUUGGCUCAAAGUGAAUGCAAGUCACUGUUGUGUGCCAUGGAGAGAUGAUGGGGGAAAUGAGAUAGAAACCAUCUUUGAGUUUCUUCCUUCACUUAUACUACGCUCCUCUUUUAAGAUUGUGAUUUUCAUGUACCAGCAAUGUAACAUACAAGGAAGUUUGGCACAGUUUAGAUUUUUCCCCCCUAUACACAUCCUCUUCCUCUGACCUAAAUGAACAGGAAUAAUAUAAAAGAUGGACUCCUGAGCCACUUUAGACAGGUGCUGCACAGGUGAAAUGUCCAGGCUUUCUGUUGAUGUCCCCUCACCGUAGUACGACUGGAAAUAUAUUUUUAAAUAGUUAAUUUUUUGUUGUGUUAUUCAUGCAACAAACCAAAAACAAAGAUUGCCCUAAUCAUGAAUUCCAGAGACAUUUCUGCACUUGAAAAUCUGCAGUGAAACAGUGACAUUUUUUUAUUUUUAUUUUGCUGGGCUGAUACUAUUUGCAUCUAGAAUUAUUUGUAACAGCUAUAAUUACGUUUAGAUUUAUGCAACAUCAAGAAUAUACUUAAAACUUCCAGUGUGUAGUGCUUUAGGUCUUUAAAGCAUUUAAUUUUCAUAAACAGUGAUCCUAAAUCCUCCAGAAAAGUUUCCAGUUGAUAGAAAUAAGUGUGUUCUUGUAUUGGGACCCUAAUUUUUAGUAGACCCAUAGGAAGUGGGUAGAUAAGCACUUGGUCCCAAACUGACAAUAAAGGGUAAAUAAAUAUUACAUUAUGUAUCUAGAACCUGAUAGCUCAGGUGUGCUAUACAGACACAUACGGAAGAAUGAGGGUAGAUUGGACUGUAUCACUUCAGAUUGUAUGUGGGAGCUGACAUUUUGUGAAUGCAAGAAGAAAACCAGUUGAUGGUUCUACCCUAGCCUUCUCCCUGAUGUGCUAGUUUACUACUUGCAAGGAGGCAUUUUUACAUCAAGAAAUAUUAUUUUAAAAGUGUUGUUUAACUUGGAUCCUCAAAUGGUACAGUCUCUUCUGUCACACCAUCCUUUUGCAUGUGCUGAGCCAACCACAGUUUCACAGAACUGAGAGAAACAUUUGGAAAAGUAUGACUUUUUGAUAUUCACUUCGACCGUACUGCCUUAAAGAUUCCUGAGUGCUAUACUGCAUUACACGUCAAACUACUGUGCAGCUCCUUUAUUUCAAAGUAUACCUUGCAUUUGAUUUGUGUUUUGCCGUGUCUUGUUUCCACUGCUUUUAUGAAAACGUAUAACUUUAUAAAUCGUCUAGAUUACCUAUAAAAAUGAUUACCCUUAAAACUGUAUUCUGGUCUACUUUUUCUAUUUACAAUUAAAUAUCUUUUCCAGAAA